AUGCUAUAUAAUCUAUUUAUUAUUUUAAUCAUCAUUUUGAUUAUGCAAAAAAAAACGCCCUUAAAUAGGUAGAUUGUUCUUGAGUGGUUUGAAUAACCACACUUAGAAUUUGCAGAGACACUUCUUAAAAAUGAUUAGUUCACAUUCUCAAAAUUACCAACGCAAGAAGAAAUUUUAUAGAUUCUAUGCUCAGUUGAAAAAGCAUACAAUAGCAAAAGAGGUGCUUGGACUCCAUGCCAAGAUAAAUUUCUAAAUCUCACUGUAUUAGGAACAUGCCUAAAGCAUUUAAUGAAGCCUAUAGAGUUAGUAAUAAAUAUUUUUUAUUUUUUAAUAGUCCUCAUAAUAGUGGGAAUAGAUUUCUCGAUUAUUUCGUUUUCAUAAUUGGAAAGCCUGCAGAAAUAGAUGGUUAGAAGAAUGUCACAAAAAAGCAAAUUGGACUCCCUAAGAAGACAAAGUUUUAACAUAAUUAUAAUAAUUUAAACCUAAUAAGUGGUGUGAGAUAGCUAUAGAUUUGAUGAGGAUCUGUAAAACACCAUACAUAAGAUAGGGAAAACAAUGCAGAGACAGAUGGGUAAAUAAACUUGAUCCUAAUAUUGUCAAGUAAACUUCAUAUUUAAUUGUACAGCAUUCCAUGGACAAAAGAAGAGGAGCUAUAAUUGUUUCGAGAAAUAGAAUUAAGAGGAAAGAAAUGGGCAGAGAUUUCACUCAAAGUAUUCCAAUUGAGGAGAACUGAGAACACUAUUAAAAAUAGAUAUUAUAAUUUAUUAAAGCAAGCUGAAACAAAGAUGAAAUUUGGAAGAAUAACAAAGGAGUAAAAAAAUAAAGCAUUAGUGGAUUCAGUGAUUAAACAAUUAGAAACAUCUGCUAAUUAUCAACCAAAACUAGAAGAGACAGAGGAACAGGAAGCUAAAAAUUACAAAUUAGAUUAAUUUAAUCCUACUUAUUUAGAAGAUUAUGAAGAUAUUGUUGUCUUGGUCAACAAGAAGCUAAUUAAAUUAAAUGAUUAAGUCUGA